AAUUUCAAGUUUUCUUGACAGCUCGUGUCCAUUCGGUCGGAAUUCAAUGCGGGGUGUUAUUUCCAGCAAUUUUGAUUAGAAAAAUCAUUUCUAAUCAGUCCGACUGAAUUCCCGUAGUAUUUCUAGUGAUUGGGAAAACGUCUGGAAUCCGUCAUUGACUUCACGCCCGUCUAUGACAAGAAGAAACAGUUGGUCGAGCGGUUUAUACGCGAAAUUCGCCUGUGAAGUUGUCGAUCUGUGUGAGAAUUCUUGUGAUGAGUUUCGCGAUGCAAUUUUUAUAAAACGUUGUGAGGAAUAGUCCGUGCAAAACCUGAAAGUGUGUACAGUCUGCAAAAUACUUGGACGCUCCGCUUUUCUCCAGUCCGUUUGUUUUGUUGUUUCGGCAUUUAAUCGAGUUGGAAUUGAGAGAUUUGCUAAAGGAGACGGAGCAGCCGAAAAAUGGCCGAAGCAGUGGUUGAAGACCGGCCACAACAGCCCCAGCGGUUUUACUGUCAUAUGUGCAGUGUGGAAAUUCAUAUGGUCACAUCGGAUUACACAUGUCCAAUAUGUGCAGGUGGAUUUAUAGAAGAACUUCCAGCGGUUAGUGAAUCAUCAUCAUCCGAAGAUGUCGAGAUGACUGAGCCAAACGGAACUGAUAAUUUAGAAAUGUUUCGCAAUGAAUUGCGAUCAUUGCUGAUGUCGCGCGGUGGAACGACUCGACCUGCAGAAAAUGAUCACACAGAAACUGAAGAACAUAGUGCACCGACUGGUAGUCGGGGUUACGCUUUCGGACGACGUAAUCCACGUCAUCACAGAAUGGCAAAUUCCGAUAACAUUCUUUAUGAGAUUUUACAAGCACUUUCGAUGGGUAAUGAUGGUGCUUUUGGGAACGCUUCAAUGUUUUUUAUGGGCAAUCCGGGUGAUUAUGCAUGGGGUCAUGAGGGACUUGACACAAUAGUUACACAAUUGCUCAAUCAAAUGGAUACAACUGGACCGCCACCGCUAUCAAAAGAGAAAAUAGAGGAAAUUCCAAAUGUUGAAAUAACACAGGAACAAGUGGAUAUGAAGCUGCAAUGUUCAGUGUGCUGGGAGGAUUUUAAGUUGAGUGAAUCUGUGAGAAAAUUACCAUGCCUUCAUGUUUACCAUGAAAACUGCAUAGUACCUUGGCUUCAAUUGCAUGGAACGUGUCCGAUAUGCCGCAAAAGUUUAUCGCCUGAAAACGCCGACGUCACAAAUAGUUUACGAAGUGCAGCAUCAGCUUUCAUUCGCAGCUCGUCCGAAGAUUCAGGUGCAACCAGCAGUGGUGCUAAUAAUGGUAUCUCGUCGCAAACAAAUACAUCGUCUAGUCAGCCCGAUCUUCAGUUGCCUGAACACGACAAUAUCCUCAACCUGAACUCAAUUCCUCUGACAUUCUCCAGGAUAUUCGCGCAGCCCGGUAUGUCGGCAAUUAUAACGGCACCACGAGCGACACCAUUGAUGCACACUCCGACAGCUGGUCUUGUAAUGGAGAAUCCAAAUGACUUCAUACGGAAUAACUUGAGAGUUGACGGUGGUGGUGGUGGUGGAGGGGGCGGUACAAAUGACAGAAACACAGCCGCUGGUGGAAGUAGUAGCAACAGCAGUAGUAAUGCCGAUAACAAUCGAAGGAAUAAUAGCAGCCAAAAUGAUAUUCACGUGUAUGAGGACGGCAAUGUCGACUUCGAUUUCGACUAAUGCCCCGACAACAUUGCUACGUUAAUAUAAAUAAUAUAAAACAUUACCUAAAUUAUAAAUAAACAAAAUUAGCGAUGAAAUUUUAAUCUUACGAAACAGUGGAGGCAUAGGAUAAUAUUUGGAAUGUUUGCGUCCGCUUUUCUUGACCGGGACAACGACACAUUGAAGAGAAUCCUGUUUGUGUUUUCAUUCGCAUUGCUUCGUUUGCAUUGUUUUAUGUUUGGACGCUCGUGGGGAGAUUGUUUUAAAACUGGUAAAUUUGCCUAAAAUUCGUAUGUCUCGAGUGGAAAACUAAACGAAAUGGAAAAUAUCUUGCUGAAAAUCUCCCCGAGGCGGAAAAGAAGGAUCGAACACUGUUUGUCGUGUCCUUAUUUGCUAAUUCAUUCAUUCGAUUCAUAAAGCUAAUUUGUUUCUGUGAUUUCAACACUCAGAUUCCUCAAGAUGUUAAGAUUCACUUGCAAGGCGAAUGACAGGAAAUCUUUGAUGAAAUGUGAGCUUGAUUUUCCCCAGAACGUUUAUAAAGAAAUGAAUAGUAUCUGUAAUAGUUCCUUACGAGAAAAAUAGGUUGAGAGGUAUAAAUGGAAGAAACGCCUCAAGUGCGACGGUUUGGAAUAUCUCAUAAGGUAUGGAUAUCACAAUAUAUUUAUAUUCAAAAUAUUAGCAUAAAAAUAAAUGACAUCUAAACUGAAUAUCUUCGCAAGCGAAGACUUACUCGAUAACUGAUAUGAAGCAAACAAAUUCAAUUUGAACGUUGUUGGUUUGGUUUUCCGUGGAGACAAAUUGUGCAUGGGACGUUUGAAAGAAUCUGUUCUUUGUAGAAGUAAAUGGUUCAAAACACGAUUUGAAGUUACACCCACACACAUACAUAUACACAUUUUUUAUAACUCUCAUAGUAUAUCGUGUAAAUAUUUUCCCUUGAUUAAAUCACGAAAUUUCUUGUUGGUUUACGCAUCUGUAAUUUUAGUUUGUUAGUCAAGUACCCUUCAACUAAUUAACGAUGAGAAAAGACUAAAUAUUAUGCCUAAUAAAUACUGUGGCAAUCACGUGGACUAUUAUCCUUUUUUCUUUCCAAUGGCUUGUAAAGUUGAUGAAAUGUAUAAAAAAUGAAAAUAAUUAAAACGA